UCCUUUGUCUCAGUUUAUGUCCGCCUAGUACCCUGUGUCCUCAUGAGGACAUCAGAUUGUAACAGGACGGAUGCCGGGGAGCGCGCUUAGCCGAUGCACCAUCAUCAAAUGCAGUCAAAUCUGAAAUCCGACUGGCCCUCGGCUUGCAACUCGGAAAAUACUCACGGCAACUGGAAUAACACAAUGGACGCUCCUCAGUAUCCCGGCUACCCUUCACACUACUGGUAUCCCCAGUCUCAUUCCACAGGACACUAUGCAAACACCUAUCCCUCGGGAUCAGACGUUCAGCCACAGUACAAUCCACAGGUAAUGCCUGGAGGUUAUCCAAAUGGCCAUGGUGUCUACAGCCCAGCGCAGAAUCAGUAUUCAACAAGUGGUUUCCACCCAUCCAAUCCUUUCUACUGUGCUGACACUCAGAGACCGGCUCCAGGUCCUUACCCUAACCAGGGCUGUCCAGCAGAGCAGAGCAGUGGGCCGUCUGGGCAGCCACACUCUCAACAUCAACAUCAGCAUCAACAUCAUCAUUAUCCUGGUCCACACUGUCAAGGAGGUCCUGGAUAUCCUCCUGGGGCGUACCCUCACUACAGUGAAGGUGGUCAUGCAAUGCCUUCAACCCCCCCAUACCCCACGGGCCAGCAACUCCACCCAAACCCCCAGGCCGAUGCAUGGGCGCACUCUGGUGCAUAUGCUCCCCCACAGCAGCAAUGGCAGCCAGGCCAGCAGCCUGCGCAAAACCACUACGGAAAUCAUGUCCGUCCACCGCAUCCUCCAGCAUGGCCAGGGACUGGAACUGGUGCACCACCACCUUACCAACCCAAGGACCAACAGCACCAACGUGCCCCGCAAGUGGGACCAAAACCCAGGCCAGCCCAAUCCCUGAAUCACCCCAAUGGAAAGCCUGCUGAAAUAAGUUCACCUCCUCAGAUGUACAACAAAACCGGUAGAAGAGAGCCCAAUCCUUCUCAAGGUGAGCCCCCACCCUCGGCCACGGCCCAAGCUCCAGCACCGGCUCCAGCUCCAGGCCCAGCUGGACCUCACCCCCUGAGCGAUAACCCCGGCCUAGCUAAGGUCCAACAGGUCAUGGCCAGAGUGCUGCUGCUUCAGGAAGAUGUCGACGAGUUUGUUGGCAAAAAGACAGACAAGAGUUAUCGGUGUCUGGAGGAACUGCUGACCAAAGAGCUGCUGGAGCUGGACUCUGUGGAGACUCAGGGACAGGACAACGUCCGGCAAGCCCGAAAGGAGGCCGUACAGAGGAUCCAGGCAAUCCUGGACCGGCUGGAGAAGAAAGCCUUCUGAGCUGGACUCAUUUACUGGUUUGUGGGUCGCUAAGUCUUGCUGUUUCCUUCUUCCAGAUCUUCCAUGGACACAAUGAGGGUCUAGUCUUCUCUCUCUCUCUCUCUCUGAGCUGUGUUAUCUUAAGGGUUUUUUCCACCACCGUGAUAUAACAUGCCUGAAACAAGUGGCAUAGACCCAAGACCAAGGCUGAGCAAUUGCUGGUACAUGGAAUCAACCUUUAAAGACCUAAUUAUGCUGGUACAAGUGAUAUGAUGGUGUUAGAAGUGUAGAGUGAUGGUUGUACAUAUCAUAACUGACUUUCAGCCUCAGUGAGUGACUGUGCUGGCUACACAACCUGACACUCUCGCUCAGUUUGUCUAACGUCAUGCCUUUGCCAGCAUAAUGCGAGGCAGCGUCACAGGACGAUGAGUUAAUUUAGUGCCACGUUGCAACUGCCGGUGGUCUCAAACCUGUGAUAGAGAUUCAGAUUAUUGUCAUGCUGUCCCUCAGGAUCAUGGGUCGGUUUUAGUCCGACCCUACAUCUAACAACACAUGCACUUCAUUAGCCGUCUGUUAUUACAUCUCACAGUCCGCUUGCAUGAUAUUGUCCUGACCCCCCCCCACCCCCACCCCGAUAGAGGCCAUACACUUAGUUGCCCAUAGUCACUUACUUCUUCAUGUCUCUGCAGGAAAAUAGGUGCAAUGCUUUCCUUUUUCAAUUGUGCUCCCAGCCCUGCAUGCACUGUAAUGUCAGACAAGCACUAAACACAGUCAUGACAUUUCCAAGCUCAUAAUUGGGCCUAGAGCGUAGCGGAUUAGUGAAACCCCCUAAAGAUUGCUGUCCCCAUUUAUUCCAUCUUUUGGAUGAAAUUUCUUUCUAAGUGCGGACCUAGAAUCAGACCUACAUAUGAAUGCCAUGUAUUUCACUUUAGAAACUGCUGUUAGUACAGAUACAUAGGACAUAGGGAAGUUUAAGAAGUACUUGAAAAGAUGUUAAGAUAUGUUCUUUUAUCCCUUUUUGAACACUUGGAAUAUAUAUAUGACUAAGCAAGUGAAUUGUAUAGUCAGAAUUAAGUGUUCAGUUGCUGUAAAGGUUAAAGGGAAGGAUGUACGUUAACAAUUUCAGUAAUGUUGUGUGCUUAAAGACGAUGUCGGUCCCCAGCACUUGGAUCAAGUGUUUAAAUUGGACCUUGUUUCUGUUUUCUGUCGCACUCCUUGUGAUACAAAUCCAGAUUUGCACCAUAAUCCAUUUCCUUGUGUAGAGAAAGUCCUUUAUUUUCCAAUCAUUCUUGAUGUGUUGAUUUAGAAAAAAGAGUGCCAUAUUUCAGAGGAUGGUUUUAUAUAAGUAGAAAAAAAAUAAGAAUAAUAAAAAAAUAAGAUCACAAGCUUUGCAUGAAAAAAAAAAUCACCUGUCAUAUGUGUUCAUUUUCCUGUGGUGUUAAGUUUCUGUUUAGAUAGAGCACAACUGUACAGUUUCAGAUGUAAUGCAUGUUUCCAACACAAGAUGGGGAAUCUUUGCCUGAUAAGUACUGAAGUUAUUACAAGUGAGAAAAUAGCAGAGAAAUAAUUAAAUGUCAGUAUAUUUUUUAA